AUGAAUGUCGAUGAUGAGUGCCUCUCAUUGUCAUACCCCGGCGGAACUUGCGAAGAUGAUGAUGCCCGAUGGUUUCACUGUAUGGCCUCUUAUGGGAUAAACAGCGAGCUUCAGGAGGCCAUUAUGGAUCCCAAGUUUCGACACAUCCGCCUAACCGAAACUUGCAAGUUCUGGGUUCGGGACACCAUUCACUUACGAUACCGGGCUACAACCCCCUUUACCGCGGAAGAACUGGGCGGGUCACAAGGAGGUUGCAAAACCUGA